AGAUGUCUCUGUCAACUGAGUACUGACUUGCUACGCAGAUUCUAUCAAGAGCAAACCCCAUCCCUGUGUAUAUUUAACGUUCAGAGGUUUCAGACUUGGAGUGUGUAGCAGUGUAGGGUAUUAACUAUUAAUGUAUUAUUACUGUACGAGGGUUGCGCCUGCUCUGCCGGCUGGGCAAUAUUUGCAGGACAUGCGCACCGUCUGUCCGCGCAAACGCGAAUCAAAUCAUUUCGCACGACCCCGAUACACGCAUCAGUCACAUAAUAAUUAGGUAAAUACUAAAUACGCCGCCACGAACUUCGCGGAACCUAUUAAUAAUAAUGUUUUGUAAAUACUAAAUAAUGUAAAUUUAAAUAUCAUCGUCCGAUCGUCAAUCGCAUAUCCAAUAAUCUUCCUAAGAUCAUAAGUCAUAACAGUUAAUAGUCUAUCGUAGUUACGUGUUCGUGAUUAUAACAGCCUGACGUCGUUUUGCGAGGUAGACGACAAAAUAAUCGUAUAAUUUAAAUAUUUAUUAUUAACAAGAGCGGAUUUUUUUCACGCCCGCCGCAAACGAAUUAUUUGAGUAUUAAAAAUUUUCUGAAACAAAAUAUGAACGUUCAACAUACGUCCAAUGUUUGCGAUGGCAACGAUGACGAAAAGAUCGUUUUCCGUCGUCGCAAUUCCGUCUACGACUGUUGUCAUGACGGUCGUCGGUAAACGCUGCGCUGUUGCUAUUGCUGGGAGUUUGUGAUACAGGUGAUGUGGCUGGUCGGUGUUCGCGCACCAGGCGGGCACGAUUUAAUGUCGAUUUCGUUUCGUUCUUAUGGAGCAAAUCAAAAAAGUAUGCGCGUGUCAUAGACCGCAGUCGUCUCUCGGCUCCGGCUUUUGGCCGAGUUUGUGCUGCGAAUCGCGUUUACUGCUUCCAUAAUUAAAUUUCAAAAAUAAUAUCCUCCUCUAGAACGCGAUGGUGGUCAUCAAUACUCGUAUGACAUUACAAUUGUAGUACGACCCGAGUGAUUCAAUGAUGAAAAUUCGAGUACGUCUGUUGCUGCUCUUGCUCACUGGUGCACUUGCCUUGUUUGUAGUAUUUUUCGUCAUUGAUGAAAAACCCAACAGCGUUAACGUCAAAGACGACAAGUAUUCUAGUCAAAAAUUUAAACAACCGAUCCAUUUUAGUCCUACAAAACAACAUUAUAUAAUACAUCCACCUCAUAUAGAACGUACAUUACCCAAUCGAAGUGGAAUUGUUCCUAGAGACGCAGUUUGGCAAAAAGUCCAAUCAACAAAGUACAAAUUUUUCAUUUAUUCAGCAUACUUGGAUACAAGAAUCAAAUCUGAUGGUCCACUGGUACGAAUAAUUGGUGCCACUAAAACUCGGAAACCAGAUCAAGUUUGGUGUAGAUUAUGGUAUGCAAAUAGCUCUAAGACUGUUUCAGCAUUAGUGAAAGCAAUCCGUGAAAACUGGAAUCUAAAGUACAGUGCAGUAUUUGUAUUGUGCAAAUUACCACCAGAUGGAAACUAUCCGUUAAGUGUAUCUAUUGUGUCCUAUAUUAAAGAAUCAAUUACUAAUGAAGUACUGAUUCAAAUGCCAAAACCAAUUAGUCAACUCAAGACUGAUAUAGAAAUUUGUGUUAAGCCAUUGCAUUAUUAUUAUGAUCGAGCUAUACAACUUAUGGAAUUUGUUGAGCUAAAUUAUUUACUUGGGAUUGGACAUUUUACAUUUUAUAAAAACACUGUUGGGCCAAAUGUAGGAUGUGUUUUGGACCGUUACAUAAAAGACAAUUUGGUUUCGGUUUUACCUUGGCAAUUAGAUAUGGUGUCCAAGGAAGAAAUUAGAACUGAAGGAAUGUUUGCUGCACUUAAUGAUUGCUUAUAUAGAAAUAUGUACAAAUCAAAAUACGUGGCAUUUUUAGACAUUGAUGAAAUUAUUGUUCCUAGACAAAAUGAUACAUUAAUCAAAUUAAUCAAUUGGUUAAACGUUUAUCAAACUCCGGCUGCAUAUUCAUUUCGUAAUGCAUUCUUCUACAUGCAAUGGGCUGAUGAUGACUCAUUAUCAUUAGAUCAGAAUCCGUUUCAUUCAAAUCUUGUUGUAUUACGUAAAACACGGCGUAAGACUAAAUUGCAUCCACAUAAACAACGUUCAAAAUAUAUAUGUGAUCCACAACGAGUAGUAGAAGUGGGAAAUCAUUUUAUCUGGGAGUUUUUAAAUCCUAGUGAUGGAACAUUUUAUUUUACACCAGAGCAUGCAAUACUUCAUCAUUAUAGAGUCUGUGAGUAUGGAGGAAAUGAUUGUGUAACUGCUGAUUCUACAGUGGAUCGCACCGUGUACAGGUAUAGAAAAAAAUUGGUUGAGAGAAUCACAAAUACUCUUGGAAAUUUGGACUCAAAUUGUCUAAUAGAAGCUCAAACAAACACUAAUGAAACAAUUUAUUUCUCAAAUUGAUUUUUCUUGAUUACAUUUCAUUUUCAUAAAGUGUGCUUCCAAUAAUUUAUUAAAUAUAUUUGUUUUGAACAGGGUGAAUUAAACCUUUAAAAUAUGUAUUAAACAUAUUAGUGUUGUGUGAAGUGUGUGUAAUUUAUGGGUCAAGAUUAUAUUAA